CCGGGAGCGCGGCCACGGCAGCAGCGGGACAGGUGCAGAGCUGCCCCUGCACAGCCCUCGCCUGCCCGCUGCGCUCUGCCCUGCGCUCAGCCAGCCCGGCUGCACCUGCACCGCCUCACUGCGCCAGCCCGCCAUGGGACAGAAGAAUUGCAAACCUCAGCCCGGGGACCUGAUCGAGAUAUUCAGACCAUUUUACCAGCACUGGGCCCUCUACGUGGGGGAUGGAUAUGUCAUCCACCUCACAUCUGUAGAUGACGAAUGCUCAUCCCUUUGGCUUAGCAGCUCUUCAAUAGGUGCCACAAGAGGCAAGGUGAAGAAGCAGCGCUUGAAGGAUGUGGUGGGAAAUUAUAGAUGGCGUGUCAACAACAAGUAUGACCGCAAACGCACUCCUCGCCCCGUGGAGGAGAUCAUCCGGGAUGCUGAGCAAUGGAUUGACAGGGAGGUGCCAUAUAAUGCGCUUACCGACAACUGUGAGCACUUUGUGACAGAGCUCCGCUACGGAAAAGGAGUCUCUCGCCAGGCCAGAAAAGCCGCUUUUGGUGGUGUUGCAACUCUAGGAUUGGCUCCCCUUGCAUUUGUUUUUCCUCUUGUUGGUGCUGUUACUGCUGCUGGUGCUGCUGCUGUUGCUGGUGUUUCUGCUGUUGUUCGGAUGGCAUUUUCCGGGGGCAAAUCUGAGCGGUCAUACCACUGACGGGCUGUCAGGAAGAGCUCAGAGCAAGGCAGGGAGAGCUCCUUGCCACAGUGGUCACGGCCCAGCUUUUGCUACACACUCCAUUGUCGCUAUGGGACACGAAAUAAAACUACGCGUACACACAUCUCUCCAAGGUAAAAAAGAGGGUGUUUGAUUUCUGACUCUGACAUUUAUAGAUUUCCAAAAGUGACACUCCAAUGACACUGGACAAA